AAACUUAAAUCUCUAACAUUUACUAUUCAAAUUUUGAUAAAAACACAUUUCCAAGCACCCACCUAAUAAAAGGACAAAUAUUGAAAAUCAAAACCUAACCCCACCUCCACCAGAAGUCCAGAACCACCAGCCUUCUCUUUUCUUGUAUUUCAAAAACACCUCCGUGGCCCCACCAGCCACCACCCCACUCUCAAUCUCAAUCAACAAAAAAGAUCCUACUUUCCCCUUUUGCUUUCCGUUGCUUAAACUCACCCCUAUUUUAAUGCAGCAAUGAUUCAUUUGGUUUCUCCUUCAUUACUUCAAUUUUAUAUUGGGUGUUGUUUUGCAUUUAAAAUUUUGAGAUGUCGAACCUUCGACCUCCGCCAUCACCGCCACCAGAACCGCCAUCCGUGUACUGUACGCCUUCGCCACAAUCGAAAGCCACCACCCCGUCUCCCAUGUCACGUAUUUUCAUGUCACGACAGCAAUCAUCCGUGAAACCAUCACCUCGAACCAAACUCGUAGCAACGCCACAACAGGGGUUAACCAUGGGCAUGGAGUUCCCUUAUGAACACAUCACAUCAAAAGCACACGAUAGGCUUUUGCUAAGAAGACACCGCCACACGAAUCCAGCUAUCUGGUGCAGCGCGAUUAUAUGUUUGAUCUUCAGCCUCCUUGUCAUCUUCUUCGGAAUCGCCACUUUGAUCGUUUUCCUCGUCGUCAAGCCAAGAACGCCUGUUCUCGACACCAACCGUGCAAACCUCAGCGUCAUCUACUUCGAUGCACCUGGCAAUUUCAAUGGAGAUUUCACUUUUAUGGCAAACUUCUCAAACCCUAACAGGAAACUGGAAGUGAAGUUCGAGCAGUCUGUUAUGGAACUGUUAUUCGAAGACAGUGUGAUAGCGACUCAAUCAAUCCGGCCAUUCAGUCAAAGGCCAAAGGAGACAGGCGUCGUGGCAAUUAACUUCGUAUCGAGCUUGGUUACUCUGCCACCAAGUUAUGCAAUGGAACUUCGAAAACAGGUAUUGAACAACAAAGUUUUGUACAGUGUGCGAGGAACUUUCAAAGUGCGCGCAAGUUUGGGAGCGAUUCACUUCUCUUAUUGGUUGCACGGGCUUUGCGACCUGCAAAUCACCAGUCCGCCGACAGGUUCUCUCAUGGCUCGAACCUGCAAGACCAAGAGAUGAACAUACAUACAUACAUACAUACAUAUAUCAAUUAUUGAGAUCUAAAUUAACUCAAUUUAAUGAUGAUAUAAUAUGAUGCAUCUUAUAAUUAGUUAGUUAUUCAGGCAAAGUUAGAGGAGAUCAAACCACAAUUAACGGUUGAGCAGUAUAUAUAAGAUGGAUGGAUGCGUUUUAUGUAUAAUCAUUGUAUUUUUUGUAGUUCCAUCGGUUGCAAACUAACAAUUACUGUAUUGUUAUUGUAUAAAACACUAAAUUGUGUCAA